CGAAGAGCGCGCGCGACACGGAGGCACACGUGAAGUGCUUUCGCUCUAACAACAUACACGGCAAAUUCCAGUUUAUGCCUUGACACUUCCGCAUUUGGAACGCAAAAUUCUCAUUCGUCCGUUCAUAUACGCGUAUGCAAGGAUAUGUUGUACCUCUUCAUUCCUUCUUAUCCUUGCAAAAAUAAUAAUAAUCAAACAAAAAAAUAGAUAAUAAACCAAGGCAUAGUAAUAAAAAUAAUAAUUAUAAUUAAAUUGUGAUAAAAACCAUAACUCGUUGUGAUUCAUUUAAACAAAAAAAAAAGAAAUUAAAACCAACAUCCUUGAUCAAUGUUGAAAGAAGAUUUUUUUUUUAAUCGUUUCGUGUGCAGUAGGUAUAGUGUCAUCCUGCAGCAGCCUUUUCGAGAAAAAGCUCCCUGCAUGUAAAGUAAAUUGCCCAAAAAAAUAAAAUGUCCUUACAAAGGAUGAUGAAUAUUUUUUUUUCGGUUCUAUAAAGUGACGAGUAACGAACGACGACGACGACGCACGCCGAAAACAAAACGUGUGAGAGAAUGUGAAGACCGGGCGGGCGGUAUUCAUCAGAAAUCCGGAAGUAAGGUUUCAAAAGUUUGGUUCAUAUAUUAAGUAAUCCUAUUUCCUGUACAAGAAGGAAUAAAUUAAGGUUGUCUGCAUGCGCGUUACGUUUUAGCGUGCAAAAUUAUUACAAAAGUAAUAAAAUAAAAAUAUUUUUAGUCCACAAAACGCAGAGUGGUAGGGGUUUCUUGUGUAAACUGUGCCAAAGGAUAACAAAUAUUCAAUCGCUUUAUCCCCGGUUCCGGUGUUGCGUUGUGCCUCGAGUGUGAGUCUAUGGGUGUGUUUUAAAAUUUGUAUAUGCUCGGCUGUGAAAAGUGUCCUUUUACGAAAUUAGAGAGCAUAACUUACACACAGUUUAAAUGUGUUUUUGGGUUGCAACUAAUCUGCCGGGGCCUGCCGCCCCAUUGAGGGCCGGCGACUCAUGGAGUAUCCAACAUCGUCAAGUCUAAGCGUCAGUGAUAGAAACAGUGUUGGCACAAAUACAAUACAAAUAAAAUUUCAUUUAAAACAUAACGACGCUUUAAGAAUAUCACCACCGGCUUUAACGCCACCAACACCAAUCAGUCCACGUGAACCACAGAGUCCCGAUGGUCAUACAUCAGUGAGUUCAACUGGAUCAAGUGAUACCAUUCCUGAACAACAGUUUGCUGUAGCAGAUUCGAAUACCAAUACAGUUUCGAAAUCGUUUGUACCGUGUAAGGUUUGUGGCGAUAAGGCAUCUGGAUAUCAUUACGGUGUAACAUCGUGUGAAGGUUGCAAGGGAUUUUUUCGUCGGAGCAUUCAAAAACAAAUCGAAUACAGAUGUUUACGAGAUGGUAAAUGUCUUGUAAUUCGAUUGAACCGCAAUAGAUGUCAGUAUUGUCGUUUCAAGAAAUGCCUUUCAGCUGGAAUGAGUCGAGAUUCUGUUCGAUAUGGUCGAGUACCGAAGCGUUCACGUGAACUGAAUGGUACGCCCGACGAUCAAAAUAACCGUGUCAGUACACCAGGCACACCAAAUACCCCACAAACUCCACAAAUGUGUUCUGUGGCAUCACCGCAAGACUUGGCAUGCGCGGCAGCCCAAUUGUCGGCAUCAUCUACAGCAGAUAUACCCGAUAUACCACCGCCGGCAACCGAAUUAACUGUAUAUGACAUCAUAAUGUGCAUAUCACAGGCUCAUCGAAUGUACUGUACCUAUACGGAGGAACAGACUAGAGAAUUGGUGAGACGUCCUGUUGUUGUGCCACAUAAUGGAGUCAGUGAUGAUAAUGAGAAGAAUGCUUCAAUACCAGAAAGGAGAGAACUUCAAAAGAUAUGGCUGUGGCAGCAAUUUGCUGCACGCAUAACACCAGGCGUACAACGUGUUGUUGAAUUUGCCAAACGUGUACCUGGCUUCUGUGAUUUUAUUCAGGAUGAUCAAUUGAUUCUGAUCAAGUUGGGAUUCUUUGAAGUAUGGCUAACGCAUGCUGCGCGUAUGAUCAAUGAUACGGCUUUAACGUUUGACGAUGGAGUUUAUUUGACACGUCAACAAAUGGAUAUUCUUUAUGAUAAUGAGUUUACCGUAUCAAUGGUUAAUUUUGCCAACACUCUAAACGGCUACAAUUUAAGCGACACUGAAAUCGGUCUCUUCUCCGUCAUGGUUUUAUUGGCUCCAGAUCGAACUGGCAUAACCGAACACAAAAUGAUUGCUCAAACCCGAGAAUGCAUUACCGAAGCACUACGUGUUCAAAUAGUUCGUUCCCGAGCCAGUUCACCACAAGCUAUGCAACUAAUGCCAGCUUUAGAAGCUAAAAUACCCGAAUUGCGUUCACUUGGCGCAAGGCAUUUCUCACAUCUAGACUGGCUUCGAAUUAAUUGGACAAAACUUCGGCUACCACCAUUAUUUGCUGAAAUAUUUGACAUUCCCAAGACCGACGAGGAAUCACCAGCCAGCACUUCAUCAUAAAUUACAAAAACAAAUAAAAACUAUGGCUAAUAUGAAAAAUGCAAAAAAACAACAAAAAAAACACGCCUUGCGGAAUGCGGUUUAAUUCUUAAAUGUUACGACUUUAAAAAUGCAUAUAAAUUUAAUAUUUUUAGUGUACUAUCGAAUUCUAAGUGCAUAAAUGUUAAACUAAAUUAAAAAUACAACAAAACAAAAAAAAACUACUAUAAUGGCUGCGAAUACUCCUUUAAUUUUUUUUUCCUUCUGUUAAAUAAGUAAAAAAUAAAAAUAUAGAAUUUAAUAAAUUUAAUUAGCGAAUAGAACACAUCACAACAUAAAUAAGCACUCGUAAAAAUGCAAUAUUUUCAAAUUUUAUUGGACUGUUGUCUCUAUCUCGUUUAAAAAAAUUUACUAAAAUAAAAUUUAAAAACAAAAAACUUUGUAAUUCUCAAAUAAAUAUAAAAAUAAAAAUAAAUAAAACAAGUAGCAGAAUCUAUAUAGAGUAAAAAAAAAAUAAACAAAUAAUUAAAAAUUAGUUAUAUAAUGAAAUAAACAUAUUUUUAAUGAAGAAAAAAAAUAACAACAUGUUUUUUUGUAUAUAAGGAAAAGAAAAACGUCUGACUUUUUAAAUUUAAAGAACAACACAAAAAAUUUAAAAAAUUUAAACAAAAAAAAGAAACAAACAAAAGAAUUACUUUUAAAAUUGUUUUAGAUGAAAGAAAUUUAAGAAUUGUUAUACAUUGCUAACUAAUAAAAUAAAAAAUCUAUUAUUUCGAAAUAAAACAACACAAAAACAAAUAAAAAAAUAUAUUUAUUUUUAACAUAUUUAUAUAUAUUUACCUACCUAUUAGAAUUUAAAUAAAAUUUUUUAAUUAAACACAAAAAAUAAAAUAAAUAAAUUUAUAGUGAGAAUCAUUCAGAAAGUUUAUAAGAAAUCAGAGUAGUGAUCCUCGAAAUAAGCGUUAUCACACUUUUAAUAUUAUAAUGUAAAAAACAUAUCAGUUCAAUUAUUUAUUUCAUACACAUUUUUUUUUCUUCUUAAAAUUUAAAAUUAAUUAAGGCCAACAGUUAAAAAAAAAACAAGAGAAUAUUUCAACAAAAAAAAGUAUCAGUGUGAAAAGGGAAUUAUUUUUUACGAAGCUUAAAAGAUUACGAUACAAAAAAAGACCUUUUAAAUUUUUAUUUUUUCCUAAGGUUUUUUUAUUUUUAUUAAAUUUUGAAAAAUAAAAAUUUAAUGAAGCAAGCAAAAAUAUUAAGAUAUAAGAAUCAAUCAAAUUUUAUGACUGCGUCUGUCGACAAAAGUUGCUCGUAAUAUUUUAAGACUUAGCCGUAAGGUCGACGUUACAUAUUUUUUUUUAUUUUUUAAAUAAGUGGCAUGUAAAUAUAUUAUCUAAUUAUUAAAACUAAAUAAUUAUGUUAUAAAUAUUAUUACUUUGAGCGAUUUUCGAUAAGCUCCUCUCAUUUUCUUUUCCCUUUUUCUUCUCUUAUCCUUAAGAUUUUUAAUUUUUUAAUUUGUAAUUUUUAAUAUAUUAUAUAUAUAAAAAAAAACGAUUUUUUUGGUUUGAAAAGUUUGUUGUUGUUGUUUUUAUUUUGUCUUCUAUUUUGUGCAUGUUUUACUACAAAAACCUUUGUAUGUGUAUUUUUAGUAUAAAAAGACAAUCCUAGUGUGUGUUUUAUAGAGUGUAGAAUCGUUUUUUAAAAAAAGAAAAUAAUUUAAGAAGCAAUCAAUUGAUGGACUGUUUGGAAUCCAAAAAAAAAAAUAUUUAUCUAAUGUAUUUAGCUUUCUGGGAAACUAUAUAUUUUAUUUUGUUUUAAUUUAAAAAUAUGCAAUAGCAUAGAAAAGCACUAAAAAUAUUUUCAGUAUAGUUUUUAAAAACUCCCAUUUCGAAUAAUUUGAUUUUUUGUGUGCACUGAAAUUUUUUUGGUAGUUUCGUUUACUACAUAUUUUCAAAAUCCAUAUCGUUCCCAAGUAUUGUUUUAAAAUAUCCUGUGAAGCGUUAAAAAUUAUUUUUUUUUCUUUUUAUUGAUGAAAACAUCUCUUCCGAAAUUGUUUCUUUUAAUAAAAAAUAUUAGCUUAUAUCUCAGUAUCUAUUGAAAGUGUUGCAAAUGUGGCCCACCCUUAAGUUUUUUUUUUAAUAAAACGACAUUCAAUUAUAUACUUUUUUUUAAUAUUACAAAUAAUUUUUAGUUCAGUCUUUACAAGUUUAAAACAUAAAUAGUAAGUUAAAAAAAAGAUAUUGAGAAAAAAUUAAAUCAACUUCAUUUCGCAAUUAAAAAAAAAAGACUAAUAUGGCCCACUUUGUUUCAAAUACGGACCAGGGUAUAUAAUGGCUGAAUCACAAACACGCUCCAGCUUCCACUUCACUUGACGUUUACGAGUUCAGAGAAAGGAAUUCAAUGCAUGCUAUUACAAUGGAGCUUCGACCUCACGUUUCUUUUUACAAUCGUAAGGAAAAGAACGUAAUGUACCGUAAUGUGACUCCAAACGGAAAAGCUUGAGCGUUGUCUGACUGCUCAACAGCUGUAAAAAUAUGUCAACAACCAAAAUAUUUUGUUCUUUGGAGGGAUGAAAUAAAAGAAAUGUCAUUCAAAGUAACCUCGAAACAGGCCCACCGUAACGCAGACGAAGCCGAAGCUGAAGCGUGUUUGUGAUUCAGCCAUUAUAGCCUAAUUGCUGCAAAAUUCACAUAUGAAAUAUUUAUUUUGCCCACAUUGUGCAUACGACGCAUUGAACCCAUUAAUCUCCUCCCUUAUCAUCCGAAAACAAACUACAACAGUAAAUGCAUUUGGCAUCUUCCUGGUUGCUUCUAUCAGUACUCGCAUCUGAUGAUUCGUCUGGAACGAAAUCUUGAUCACUCUUUGAUGAAGACGAUACUCCUUUACGAUUAGUCUUCUUUUCUCUUAGCUUUAAAUUCCUAAGAACUUUCUGAAAUGUAAACCAUACAAAGAAAAAUAAGUUGAAGUCUAUCAUAUGAUUAAGAUAUUUCUACCUUCGUAUCUAAACAAAGCUUACGUUUUAUAUCUCUUUCUGCCUUUGGCCUCAUUAAUUUUGGUUCACCUUUUUUUUCAUCGAUUCUUCCAGAUGAAAGGAAGAUGAAAUAAUUUCGGAUUUCCCUCGUUUUCUUCCACGAAUUGAUAGUCCGAAUGGGAAUUGGAGAAAUUUCAGGGGGUGUUAUGAAAGAAGAAGGUUCCGAAAAGUGAAGGUCUGUUUCUACUGGUUUAGCAUUAGAUUCCAAAACUUCAGCAAUUGACCUUAUUCCGGUAGAAGUGGAAGGUUCAUCUGGAUCUGGUUCCAUCUGCAUAAUCUCGUGAGGACUAGUAGGCGCAUUCAACUGACCAGGAUUUUCUAAGUUGGUUCCAUCAACCUCUUCUGCGGGCAUAAAUUCGUGGUCCUUGAAGAUAUGCUUAUCAAAUGAACAUAUGCCAGUCGAAGCAAGUCCAUUCAACGCGAUGUCUCCUUUUUGAGUUUUUAAGUAGGCCCGCCCGAAUAAUUCAAUUAUAUCGAAAUGCGUCAAAGCCCUUGCGUUAUUAAUUACCCAGCGUCUAAUUUCUUCUGUUAAGUAUUUUUUGAGACGACCCAUAAAUGUUUGGUCUAACGGUUGAAUUUUGUAACUUGAGUGCGGGGGGAUGGAAAGAGUGUGGACGUGAUUAUUCCUAGCCAAGUUAUCAAGUUCAAUAUUGCUUGUGUGACUUGCAUGGCCGUCCAUUAUUAGAGGCACAGGUGAAGAUGCCAAUGGCUUCACCUUAUCCAAGAAAUGCUUGAACCAUUUCGUGAAUAAAUUCGUUUGAACCCAUCCGGAUGGAUGAUUAUCGUAAAUGGAACCUGGCGGUACACCUUUCAUUAGAAUUGAGUUGUCUCUUUUCCUAGGGUAAAUAAACAGUGGUGGUACAAACGAUCCCCCAGCACUCAUGCACAAAAUUGCGGUUAUCAACGAGCCUCUUUCACUUGAUGUUAGUGCUCCUAUUUGUCUUCGACCUUUGAGUGCCAACACUUUCGGCAUUUUGGAUGGAACAACUGAGAUUCUUGUUUCAUCCACGUUAAAUAUUUUGUCAGGAGAGAAACGGUACGUCACCAUUAGUUUUUCAAGGUGGUUGAAAAAAAAUGUCAAUGUUUUCUUUUGAAAAUCCACUAGCUCGAGCAAAAGACGAUCCAGUCGGCUGCCGGAAUGACAACAACGGAUGACGCUUACGGAAUAACCGCAACGAGGACCUACCUUGCACUUCGUUUAUCAAUGAAAACGGGUUUUGGUAUAUUUUUAUUUAGUGCCAGUUGAAAUGCUAAUGAUUUUAUGUCAUUGCGAGUAAGUCCAAAGAGUUUUCCUUCCAUUUGUGGAGUAUAAUCAACCGAAGACUCUUCGAGUUCUAGCGGAAAGAUGGGUUUUCUUCCUAGUUUUGCACUCACCACUUUAUGUAAAGGUUUAUUAUCCUCUGCUACCAAACGACGUAGAGUUGUUUUAGGCACGUUGAAUUCCUUUGACGGUUUUAAGAAACCCAUUUUUUUGUCUUUAUAUAUGCAGAGAUUGCUUUAAUCAUAUCUUCAAGUUUGUCCUGGUUUUGUGGGUUUCUUAGAACUUGAAGCCAUGAUUCUUUAAAACAAAAAAUAUUGCGGUGGGUCAUAUUACGAACGUGGGCCAUAUUAGCAACACUUACCCUAUGUAGGUUGCUAUUUAUAAUUAUUUCGGGAUCACAAAAUCAUCAGCCUUAUUGUGAGUUUUGCCAGGAAAGUCAUUCACCCGAAAUAUUUUUGUUCGCCCGGCAUUUAAAGGGCUAUUGUGAAUUUCGCUCGAAUAGAAUUUCACUUCGAAUCAGAACUGACAGUUGGAAUAAUUGUCGUGUUCAGCAAACUGAGUUCGCAAUAAAUUUCCUCAUCUCUGAUUAAAGGAGAAAAUGAAAUCUAAACCUAUAUUUCUUGUUGAACAUAAAAACGCAAUGAAAUUUAUGUACAGCCGCAAUUAAACACCAAUCAAUUGUUCACCAAAGAAACUCUUGCGCAAGUGGAUAUUCACAAUGUCCCUGUUCGUUUUUUGGUAUUUGAGUAUUCGUGUCUAGAAAACGGAAAACCCUAGUGAACUGUAUUUUUGUUUUGACACCGUCAAGAACUAAUAAAAAUAAGUAAUUUAUAAUUUACAAUAAAAAGAAAAUAUAAAAAUUUUUUUAUACAAUUUUGUAUAUUGUUGUUAUAAUCCUUCAUGAUAGAUAUUGCUUCACCCACUUUGUCACAAGGUUCCUUAUGUGUUUGAAGUUCAUCCAUAACAACUUCUUGGGUACUCACUUUGCAAAUAUUUUUUUUUUCUUGGUGGUUUCACUGGUUAAAGCAAGAAUAGUUGCAGGUACGACUGUAAUAGGAUCAGAAAGUGAAUAUGUUGUGCAUCAUUUUCAAAUUCAUCCAAAAAUUCUUCAAUUUGAAUUUCAUUAUCCAUAUUUUCGAAACUCCUCUUUUUGGGUAGAUUUUGAAGAAACAAACAAACUGGGAAAUAGCUUUUUCAGCAGGCAAGAAUUUUAGUGUCCUAUUUGGUCCACCUUCUGUUCCUUUUUCCGUUAUUUUGUUUUUCUAGCAGCCUUUAUCCUCACGUAGCGUUUUUGGUCGGUCUAAGCCUAAUUAAAAUGUUUUUUUUUUUUGUUCAGUUUUGUGCAAUGUAAAUUAAAUUGAACCCUUACCUUCUUCCAUUCGAACUCAGUCUUGAUUGGAGACCCAGUGCUAUUAAGCUUCGAUGUAAUCUGCUUCCAAAAUGCAUUUUUUUUUAUUUACUUUCUUUGACACAACCUCUUGCGAUUUCAGGAUUUUCCUGCAUCUUGUUUAGCAGCAUAUCGCUUUGAUUUGCAUUUAUUGUUUUGGUCCUUACAUAAACAUAUGUAGAUAAAAACAACACAGUUAUUUUGUUUGUUAAUAUAAAUAACUUACAUUGUAAUUUUUUUUUCUUCUGUUCACCUCUAAAAAAUAAGUGGAAAUUUUAUCGCCAAAUGGCAUUUCAUUCCGCCCGAAUCGAGUGCUCCCAAUAAGGGAAAUCUUUCGAACAUGAUUUUUUUUCGCCCGAAACUCACAAUAGGCGAAUUGAAAAAAGGGAUUUUUUCAGAUGGAAUCUUGUGCACGUGAAACUCACAAUAGGGCUGAAUAUUUUAUUUUAAAUGGUUUUAUUGGUGUUCAACAUAUUCUCCAAGAUGAAUAAUACAUUUUUCAAAACUUUUCCGCCAAUCUUGAUAACAUAUUUUUACUCGGAGUGAGAAACCUCUAGAAAAUGACUUUAGCUGAUGAUGUUUGGGAACAAAAAAACGUCUUAAGAUAUUAAAUAAUAAUUAAGGCUGUUCAGUGGAUGACCCAUUAAUUCAGUGUUUUGAGUCUUCAUAUUCUUAGUUGUUUCAUUUAGUUUCCUUUUUAUGAUAAUUGUUCGAAUGUUUUCCUAGAAUUUAAAAUUGACCACGUAUAAAGAAACUAUAAUUCUUUGACCAUAUUCAGCUCAAACCUUAACAAAUUUUUAAAUUCCCUUGCCUUAUUAUCCUUAUCUCAAAAGUAGGCACCUGCUGAAAUAUUGUUCUAAACUGUUCUUAAAAGAUUGAUGGUACGCAAAGUGUAAUAAUUAAUAGCAGUUUGUUGUUCUUUUAUAACUUUAAAACACAAAUAGAAGCUUAUUGUGAUCUUAAAUGUUUGUACAUUUUUAAAUUCGGCUUUAAUCAAAGCAGAUGUUCAAAUAACAACAGUGUCGUUUACUUUGAAGCCCCUGGACAAAUUUAAGUAGUGAAUCGCUGAACUUAUUAUUGGAUACUCAUUUUCCUGGUAGUUCUCUUACCAAACUUGCAACAGUUACAUACGUCUAAGUCCUAAUACAACAUAUUCAAUAGGACUGAUCUCAAGGGCCAAGCUACAAUGGGCUCUCAACAGCUUCAAACCUUUUAAAUCUGCAGGACCAAAUGGAUUAAUACCAGCAGAUCGCAUAUAAGCUCGAUAAUAGGUGUCAUAACCGGACACUGUCUAAUAGGAAAGCACGCCACGCGAAUAGGCGUAUUCCCAAAUGACUUUUGCACAAGCAAAGGCCGAGGAAGAGAAGGAAACAGUUUUUUAUCUUCUCUGUACAUACCCUGCUCUAGCUCGAAAACGCAAGAAUUACCUAGAAGAAUUCUUCUUCAAUGAUCUAAACGAUCUAAAUCAUACCAGUGUAAUCAGCCUCUGACGUUUCGUAAGGGAUUCAAACUGGUUCCAUUGAGCUUAGGAGGAAGCCUCAAGAUUCAUGUGGUAUCACAAUGAGCCAUUAAACUGGCCUAAUUGUGUUCGUUUCCAUCUUUGACAGCCACUUCAAUCUAACCUAACCUGACCCCCCUUAAAAAAUUCAGCCGUAAAACUCGAACUUCCAGUAUUGCUCACCAGUUUGCCCUUGAGUUUAUUUUUGGCAAUACUAUCAAGUAUUGAGAUUCAUUUUUAACUACACAUCGAGAAUGUGGAAUUUCAAGAAAGUUUAAAAUUUGUCUCUUCAAACUUUAAUUAAUUUCUGUUAGAAAACGAAUUUUUUAAUCCUAAUUACAUAUUAAACUUCACUUAAAUUUAUUAAUAGCUUAAUAUAUUUAAUAACAACUUCUUAAGAUUUCUUGUAAUAAUAUUUGUUUUAUUAGAUAUAACAGGCAAGGUCUCAUCGCUGACCGUUUUAGUAAACUACAUAUUACUAUAGGGUUUCCUAAUCAGAGGUUUAAUUUAAAAUAGUCCACUAUUUGUUCAGCGUUUGCUUUUGAAACUCAUCUUUGGACGUUUUCCAAGGUCAAACUACUUCUUUAUUAAAAAUAGAGUGAUAUAUUCUUCAACUGCGCAUUAGAAUACUAGGGCCCUACUCUGUAAUGAGUUUCGAAAGCCAAUCUGAAUCGAAUCUGAUAUUCGAUUCGUUUACGAAUUCCUAUUCUGUAAAAUAUUCGAAUCGAAUAAAACAAUCAUCUAGUACUUUUUCGAGUUAUCGAAUAGAUUUGCCGAGUCUCGAAGUAUUUCUUAUGAGAUUUUGAGAUUUGUUAAAGCAAAAAUACAAACAAAAAAUAGAAACAAAUCACAAAUAAAGACGACCAAAAAUGUAUUCAUUAUUAUCACUUAAGAAUUAUUGUUAUGAUAAUGACUUUUUUUUACCUUCAGUGCUCUGCAAUUGCAAGAUCUCUCUUUUUAAUUCAAGCUUAGAAAGUUUAAGCUUUUUUUUCAUAGUCCUUUCGUUUUUUGUGCUUCCUUCAAGUCAUACGAAUUCCGGCAUAAUUUCAAAUUAUUGCUUUUGUUUCGUAUGCACAUUUUUCGCUGAUGAUUCCCUGGAAUUUAUUUGCUUAAAUUUUGAAUAAAUUAUUAUUUCCUUACUUAUGUUUUAUCUAUUUCACACAACUUAACACAGUUUUCCUUUUGUGUCCUUUAAAAACCACCUUCGAAUUGCAAUUCGUUACUUCUCUUGGUGUAGAAACAAAAUGUUCGUUUCGAACGCUAAUGACAUUCGUAAACGCAUUGCCAGGUACUAAAAAUCCGAAUACGGAUUUGUCAUUCCGUAAGUACUAGAUUUCUUAUCCGCAUUUGAAAUACAGAGUACAAUUUUGUAUUCGGUUUCGAAAAUAUUUGCGUUCGAAACACAUUUCAGAGUAAGGCUCCUGAAAACUUAGCUCGCAAACUGAAGACCUAAACUCUCCAUGUUAUUUCUCGAAGAGAUGAUCACAAUUAGUGACCGGGACUCUGUUAAAUAACACCUUUAGACUUUUUUCUCUGGGGUUUUGUGAAAGAUUGGGUCAAUGUCAAUUUACCAAAUUGAUUUAAGACUUUAAAGAUGUAAUUCGUAAAGUUAUAAAUAUGCGAACUGUUAACACAUAAUUUGUUGGAAGGGAUUUGGUGAAGCAACCGUAAACGUGGUGGUCAUUUGUCUAACAAAGUUUUCCCUUGUUAAUAGCAGACCUUCUUCCUUAGGCUAAAUAAAAACCUAGUGGUUUCUCUUUAAACCUUUAAAAUAUCAAAAUUAAAUUUCUUGUUGGAAAAUCAAAUACAUAUGAGUGUCCAUACAGUCAUGAAUUGGAAAUGAUCAGGUAAGUCUAAAAAUCUUGAAAACUUGAGUAUGUACCUUCAAAGAUAUUAGGCAGGUUCAGACACCAUAAGGUACUUGAAAGUAAGGCAAGUUUCUAGACUCUGAAUGGUCAGCUGCCAAAAAAUUACUUUCCAAUUAAGGCAACUUUAAUGAAAAGUUGACUGGAAAGUUAGUCAAGAAAAAUCUCCCCAACUAUUAAGUCAAGUCUACUUCCAUCAAAAUGACAGUUGAUCAUGCUUUUUCAUUCAGCUGAAAGCUGAACUUUAUUACUCUAUGAUUUAUAAAUUUUGCACAACUCCAUUAAAUUUUGUGUGUAAAUGGCGUUCUUGUCAAUUCGGAAAAGAAAUAAGUAAUAUUUCUUUACAAUGGGCAGGUUCAGGCGACAUAAGGGACUUGAAAGUAAGUCAAGUUUCUGGCAUCUGAUUGGCCAGCUGCCAAAAAAUUGACUUCCAAUCAAGGCAACUUUAUUGGAAACUUGACUGGAAAG